UAGAGUGUGUAUUGCUAUUUGUUGACCUUGCAAGAAAGAUACAUCUUGACCGAUUAUCCAUAUUUUAUUACAGUACCUAACAUUCAAAUCCUUACACUAUGGAGGUACCAAAAACGAUGAAAGUGCUCAUCAAAAACCACGAGAUGGAAUCUUACGAAUACACGGACAUGGAUGUUCCGGAACCGGAAGGGGAUGAGGUGUUGAUCAAAGUGGACGCUGUCUCCAUUUGCGGGUCCGACAUCCCUUUGUACAAGUGGUCGCCAAUGGCGCGCGUCAUCGCUACCGUGCCAUUUAUACCGGGUCACGAGGCGGCGGGGACGGUCGUUAAGUGCGGACCGGAAGCCGAUCUCGAGAUUGGUUCCCGGGUGGGCGUGGAGAAUCACUUUAACUGCGGGGACUGUUUCCAGUGCCGCCAAGAUCAGAGAGAGAUAUGCCAGCACAUGGGCCAGUACGGCCACGGCCGGAAGACUAAGCACGGCGGAUGCUCCGAGUACUCCAUUGUCCCCCAGAAGUACCUAUUCAAGAUCACCAAAGAUCUAAGUGCCGAGGAGAUAACGAUGAUGGAGCCGCUCGGUGUCGCCCAUAAUGGCGUGGAACGGCUGCGGGUGGAGGGGGAAGACGUCCUUGUUGUAGGCUGCGGCCCCAUAGGCCUCCUUGCGCAACGACUCGCCAAGGUCAUGGGGGCAAAACGGGUGAUUGGGGCGGACAUUGAGGACUGGAAGCUACAGCUAGCCAAGGACAUGGGGACGGAUGUAGUCAUCAACACUCGUAACCAGGACAUAAAACAGGUGAUUAUGGAGCUGACGGACUGGACGGGGAUUGGGCGGAUAUGCGAGUGUUCCGGGGUGGCGGCCAUGGUCAACAGUUGCUUCUCCUAUCUCCGGAAGGGUGGUCGCGUCGUCCUAAUUGGUCUUCCGAAACAGCCGCUCACUUUUGAGCAUCCACUUCCGGAUAUUAUGUUCAAGUGCGUCACAAUCAAGACCGUGCACGGCCGCCGGAUGUACCACACGUGGGAGGCGGUCGAGGCGCUCCUAGCGAGCCACCAAGUUGACGUCACCAAGGUGAUCUCACAUCGCUUCCCGAUGUCAAACUUCCGGGAGGCGUUUGAAGUACUCUUCAACGGGACCGCGUGCAAGAUUGUGAUGGAUCCAUCGAAAUAGACUUAUUUUGGCUUUAUCAUUAUCUAGACGGUUUUUUUCAGAAUAAACUGAUGACAGAAUUUAACAUUUAUAGUCGUACCCCGAUGGCUCGAACUCUGAGAGACCAGCGAAAAUACCUCGAACCUCGGGGAAUUCGAGCCAAGCGAGAACUCUCACCUCAGUAGUAGUCUCACCAGUUUUAAGAAAUCGAUCCUUUACAUCCAGUUCGAACAAACAAGGAAAUCGAGCCAAGCGAGUUCGAGCCAACGGAGUCCGACUGUAUGUACAAGUGUAUUUCAGAAUGGUUAGAAUUUCAGUUAAAAACAUGCACAAUGAAGUUUAAAAUAAUAGAAAUAGACUUGUUUGUGUUGUUCUUUUCAUAUUGGCAAAUAAACAUUCAAUUGUA